UCCUUUAGGAGCUCGCUGCGCAAUACGGGAGGCGUCGAUGAUGCGCAGGUGGUCGCCUUCGCGAGAUGCUGCUGUUGGCUUCCAUGGGGAGCUGAUUCCGGCAACCUCCCUGACAGCUCUGUGAGAUGCCGCUGCCGGCCACCAUUCUGUUCGCAGCGAGCUUGACAUGCCUGAUGAGAUAUGGCAUGUUGCCUGCUGCUCGUCUGCCAUGCUCGCGCUCCGUGAUGUGGCUGCCCGAACGGGCCAAGGGGAGGGAGGGCCUGAGCUGCAGCCAUAUUCCUGGUGGCCGGUCGGCGCGAGCAACGUGGGAGAUGACCGUGUUAGGCUGGAGGAGCGGGGCCGACAGAAGCUCGUUGUGGCGCAAGAUUGGCGGCAGGGAGGUGUGGAGGAUAGCUGGUGGUGGCCUUCGCGAUAUGCUGCUACCGGCAUCCUUGGGGAGCCGCUGCCGGCGAUCCCCUGUUGUAGCAGGACGCCACCCCAAGAAGCGUCUCCCGGUGAGCUCUCUUUCCUCCUCCAUGUAGCCUUGCUAAAAUUUCUUUCUCUCGUGUUAAAUUGAGCAUGUCAGUGUAGUAAAUAAAAGCUUGUGUAUAAAAACCCCG